AGACCAAAACUAGUUUGUAAUAAAUUCCUUUAUAUUUAUGCUAGGCAGUGUUGCGAAAAGACUUCUAGUACUUCCACGUCUUACUCGCACUACAUAUUUAAUUCCAUCUUAUCGACACUACCACGGAAUAUCUAAAACUGAUAGACGAGAUUUUAUGAUGACUCAAUUCGGACCACCCAUUAAUAGAUCUAUGAAAGAAUUAGAUCGUAGUUUCUUUAAGAAAGAUAUUCAGUUGAUAGUGGCUUACUUCCCUAACCCUGUAAAUUUAUCUACCUUUGUUAAAGUAUGUAAAAAUGAUGUUUUAUACUUACCAUCCAUCAAACAUAUUGUCCCUAUCGAAUCAUCAAAAGCAGUGCUUCUUAAAGAAAAUUAUACUUUAGAUAAUUAUCAACUGUUAAUAAGUGAUGUCACUAAGGAGAAAAUAAAGGAGUACGGAAUUGAGAUUCGUCCAUAUACUUUGAAGUUGGGUUACGAAUACUGGAAGUCCGAUGAUAUUUUAAGAGCUAUUCUUCCAGAAGAAUUGUUGGAUGAAAUUCCAACUGGAUUUGCUCAGGCUGGUCAUGUUGCUCAUUUGAAUUUAAGAGAUGAGUUUAAACCUUAUGGAAAGCUCAUUGGUGAGGUUAUUUUAGAUAAGAAUCCCAAAGUACGAACUGUAGUUGAUAAAGUCGAUACUAUCGAUACAAAAUUUCGUACAUUUAAGAUGAAUGUAUUAGCCGGGGUAGAUGACUUACUUGUUGAGCAAAGUGAGAGUGGGUGUCGGUUUAAAUUUGAUUUUUCAAAAGUUUAUUGGAACUCUAGAUUAAGUACCGAACAUGAACGUUUAAUUAAUAGCUUUGCACCACAUGAAGUUGUUGUUGAUGUAUUUGCAGGAGUUGGUCCAUUUGCUGUACCAGCAGCAAAGAAAGAAGUUAUUGUGUUGGGGAAUGAUUUAAAUCCGGAAUCAUACAAGUAUUUACAAGAGAAUAUUAAACUCAAUCAUGUUGAAAAAUUCUUAAAGCCAUAUAAUUUAGAUGGAAGAGAGAUUAUUCGUCAAUCUCCAAAGUUGUUAUUACAAUGGAUAGAAGAUAAUUCAGGUACUAUUGAUAAAACCAUAGUCAAAAGAAGAAAAGUUGUCGAGAAUGAACAGACUCGACUGGUUAGAGAAACAAAUACUAUCAAGAUUGAAAUCCCUAAAUACAUCAGUCAUUUUGUCAUGAAUUUACCUGAUAGUGCAUUAACAUUCUUAGAUGAAUUUAUAGGGCUCUACUCUGAAGUAGAAAACACUGUAAGAAAGGAUCCAAAUUUUAAAUUACCCAUUAUAAACGUUCAUUGUUUUGAGAAAUUCGAUCCUCGAGGACCAGAACCACCCAUUGAAGAAUUACAUGCCAAAGUUCAUGCCAGAAUUGUUAAAUUAAUUGAUUUCGAUAUACCAUUUGAUAAAUGCCAUUUUCAUUUAGUUAGAAAAGUUGCCCCUACGAAGCCUAUGUUCUGUGUAUCAUUUGAGUUACCAGAACAAGUAGCGUUCAGAAAGAAGUAAAGAGAUAAGAUAUUGUAAAUAGAAAUAAAUAUGUAUUAUAAGUUACUAGCAUAAAACAAUGUAUAAUUCGCAGCUAUUACUACUGAUUUUUGUAUCACUAAUAUUAGUACUAGUAUAUAUUAUUACUGCUGCAAAAAUAUCGGUAAUUCAACUAAACAGUGAUUUAAUUUAACAGCCGUGGAAUAUUCUAUAUGGUUCUAAACAAAAUCGUUUCCAAUUCAAGCCCAGAAGUAUUCCCCAGUUAAUUAAUGUUAGAGUGGGGAGGAGGGGUGGCAAGAAAAAAAAAAGCGACAAAGGUGGGGAGUGACGGUAUAUUUUUUUUAUUAUAGCUGACUUAAUGC